AAAAGGCACCUACUAGUUAACAACCUACUGAUAAAAGCUGAACAUUCUGAACCCCUUAUAUUGUCGUAUACAAGGCUUUGAGGGCAAGAAUCUAAGCAGCUGAAAGAAAAAUCGAUUUGCAUUGAUGAGCUGUGCAGAGUCCCCAUCUGACCUCAAGCCUACAUGGCUGCAUGGUGAUGACAUCCCAUGGUGUAGAAAGGUGCAUUCUCUUAAUGGAAGAGGAGAGAACACUUAAACAUUUGGAUUUUGUCUAUUUCCCAUCCCUCCAACCCUUCCAACUCACUUAUAUUCCAGAUCCAUGGAUACGUGAAAUUAAAACAGUAAUGUUCAUGUUACAGAAUUGCAGAUACACUUAUCUAUUAGUGAUAAAGCCAAAUAUAUCCCUUAUGCACAUGGUUUCAAAACUACUUUUCUUAAUAUCAGCUUCCUUUUAGUGCAGACUAUCGAGGAAUAUUAUAACUCUUAUAAAGUUAGAAAUCUGUAAAUGCAAUAAUCUGAUAGAAUUUCCAAGAUCUCAGGAGCCUGCCUGAGAUGGUAAUCUGUUUGACUGAAGAAAUCUUGUUGUUCUUUGUACUCUCCUUUCAUUAACAUAAUUAAAUAUUUGCAAUGGAUGGUUACCACACACGCCUGCCACAUGAAGACGUGAUGCUUACAGAAAGACUGGUUGCCUUUCCGAGGCUGAACACUCAACAACCAAAAUGUUUGAUGUUGUUGUUUGGUGAUUAUACAAAGCUCCUGAAGGAAAACCUGCACUACUGACAGAAUAGUUCUCUCCAGGAAUCUGCUGGAAAUACAGCUUUGUUUCUGGAAUUACAGUAUCUGGGUAGCAAACUGAUAAUGAUGCACAAAUUAAAUUAAGAUCUGAUAUGGUUUGGGGUAUGGCAGAUCCUACUUACUGAUCAUUCAACAAACUUAAUCUAUCACAUAACACAGAGACUCAUCCAGUCAGGAAAUCACAAACAGUAUGUUCCCAAAAUAACACAAGAAAUGUACAUUUUAAACACAUGUUGCAGUUUUUCUUUCAGCUUUGGUGUCUAUAUUCCUCAUUAUAUAAAUGUAUGCAAAAUUAAUUUCACUCCUAUAAGCAUGUAAAAACUCCGAGGGGAAAACAGCACAUGGGAAGGCCCUGACUGAGAACACAUGUAUACAUAACCUCUCAGUAAUAGAUAAUCAUUGUCCCUGUUUUUCAGGCUUCAGGUCUUGGGACUGCCCUGUGACUUUGACUGAGGACAGUAGCUCUCUCUAGAAGCCACACUUGGCUGCAAUGCUGAAAUCAGCAGAACCAAGAGAAUGAGGUCUCCUGGGAACUGAGCUUAUCAGCAGACUCAUAAGUGCAUACCCAUUACAACCUGCAGCACAGCGUUCUCCUCCCAUUAACACUGAGCCUGCCAAGCAAAACAGGAAGCAGUAAAAUAAGCAUUAUCUUACUUUAAUUACAUCUGUAUAAAUGCCAUCUGUCCAGUUUAAUUAUCUAAAUUCAACACAGGAUUGCCAUACCUAACAGUGAGUCUAUCAACUGCAUUCUUAUCUAUGAGUAAGCAACUGGUGCCUCUCUUCCACCGGUCCUACAGAGGAGUUCAGAUAAUGAAUUUAAAAUAAAUAGACUUGUAAGUGGCUGGAGCUAGGUGCAGUGAACCCCAUCUCUCCUGACCACUUUAUUAUUCUGACACUUUGGGGAAACAGCAUGGUUGAAAACCACAGUAAUAUUUUCAGCUGUUUUAUUUUCAGUGACCACACAUAACAUCACAGCGUCUUAUCAAAAUAAUGAAUUCAGUUAAGCCAGGGCUUUCCUUGUAGAGAACAGAAAUGGGAAAUCUCUCCUGUGGCUGUUCACUCUUCACAGCCAUUACCCAAUUUGCGAAGCACUCUCACACUUCCUCCCGCCUCAGAUGAAUUACUUGUCGCUGUGCUGAGCCUUUCUCCAUGACUGCUCCAGACCUUCCCCUCCCACUUACUGCGCUGGAUGCUUCCACCAGAACAAGCUGAAAGCCAGUGCCAAGCUCGAGCAUUUGGAAAACAAAAACUGAGGUGUAAUUACAGGAGAGCUAACGUACUUCUGGUUUACUUCCAGCACAUUAAAUUCAUCAGCAGACAGGAACAUAAAGUAGAUAUUUAAUGGGAAUUCCAAAGCUUCUUCUAGCUAAUUCAUGUUUGGAGUCUAUUUCAUGGGUAAUCUCUAAUUACCCUCUUGUAUCAGGCCUUUCCCAUAUAAUGUUUGUGGUGUAAAUUAUUCAGGUGUAGGCAAUGAUGUCAAAUUCCAUUAGCUUGUAAGAAGCAAGGAGGUACCCAUAUGAAAAGACUCUGCAUGCGUGCAAAGCACUGCCUAGCUCAUGGCACUGCAGCCACAACUUCCAAACGCAAUGAAGGAGAUCUCUUGUCAAACACCUGCACAACCUCUCCAAAGGAGCAAUGAAGCAAAAGCAGACAUUCUGCUUACAUCCACUUCAAUAUUUAGUAUACACAAGCAGUUAAACUUAAUUAAGGUACUUAACUUUUAAUAGUAUCAGUAUUCAUCAGUAGAGAUGUAAAAUCCCAGAGACGUAAUGCACAAGUAGGGUUCUGGGGCAUCACUUAAGAGUAGGCUCAGUGUUUCAGGGCAAGUGAGGAGUGCCACUGGACAUCCAUGGAUCAAUCUGAAACAGCACUCAGAAGGCUGCGGGACAGAAUGGCUACCCCUGCAUGUUGUAAUCCUCUGACAUAUCUAUAAACAAAUGUACAUUUGUUUUGUUACCUUUCGGAGUUCUGCUCUCAGCUUCUCAAAUGCUCUUCCAGUAUAGCCAGUAAACUUAACACAGUUAUACUGCUUAGGACACAGGCUGAAAUCCAUGUGUUCUGGUUGGAUCAAAAUCUGUUUAUCAAUAAAUAUUACGAAAACAAGUAAAGAAGAGUAUCUGAGAUCCUAAAUGACUGCAGAAAAGAUGCUCAAAGAACACUUAUAACUCCAAUCCUGUACAUUUGCACGGUGCCUGAAGUUCUUCAGGUAAAACCUGAAAAUAGAAUUUGCAGCGUGUAGGUUUCCUGGCUUUGUUUUGACAAUUUAAUUUCAGUUUUAAUCACGCUCUCUUUUCCAUUUUUAACGCAUUGUCAGAUAUGAACAGCCGCAGAUCUUCCGGAAGAUGACUUUUUUGGCUCACAGACAGACGGGAGGGUGGGGAAACAACAACCAGAUGUUUCGGUGCUCCACAUUCCGGUGUUCCACGAAGAGCCCAGCGCUACCGCGGCCGGCAACCCUGGAAAGAGGAGAGCGAGAAGGAGGAGGAAGGAGGCAGCUCCGCCCCGGCAGCGGGGGGCCGGGCUGCUUUCCGCCGCGCCGGUGGGGACGGUGGCAGCCGGCGGCGGGGGCUGCUUCGGCAGCCUGCGGGGACCCAGUGCUGCCCCGCUGCGCCCGCCCGCUCCGCCGCGCACUGUUGUCAUGGAGGAGCCAAGAUGGCGGGCCUGGCCUACACCCUGGGCAAGCGGGAGAUCAACUACUACUUCAGCGUGAGGACCGCCAAGGCGCUGGCGCUGGGCGCCGUCCUGCUGCUCGCCGCCUGCCACGCCGCCUCCCGCCGCUACCGAGGUGAUGAUACGUGUGAGUAUCUUUUGUCCAGCGGGAGAUUUCUUGGAGAAAAAGUAUGGCAGCCUCAUAGUUGUAUGAUGCACAAGUAUAAAAACAGUGAAGCAAAAAAUUGCCUCAUAGACAAACAUAUUGUGUUUUUAGGAGAUUCUAGAAUUCGACAGCUGUUCUAUUCAUUUAUAAAAAUCAUAAAUCCUCAAGUCAAGGAAGAAGGAAAUAAGCAUGGAAAUAUCCCUUUUGAAGAUAAAUCUGCUUCAAUUAAAGUGGAUUUCCUGUGGUAUCCAGAAGUUAAUGGCUCUAUGAGGCAGCGUAUCAAAUCUUGGACUGAGGGGUCUGUGGCAAAACCUCAUAUAAUUGUAGCAGGAGCUGCCACGUGGUCCAUCAAGAUUCACAAUGGCAGCAAUGAAGCCCUCACACAAUAUAAAAUCAAUAUCACUUCAAUUGCACCUCUUUUGGAAAAAUUAGCAAAAAGUAGUGAUGUUUACUGGAUCUUACAAGAUCCUGUUAAUGAAGAUAUGCUGAGUGAGAGUCGGAAAAUGAUCACUAAUGAGAAAAUAAAUGCUUAUAAUGAAGCAGCUGUCCGUAUUUUGAACAGCAGCUCCCGAAAUUCAAAAGCUAAGGUUAAAUUGUUCAGUGUAUCAAAACUAAUAGCACAAGAAACGAUUAUGAAGUCUUCAGAUGGCUUGCAUCUGCCUGAAUCAAGCAGGGAUACGAAUGCAAUGAUUCUUAUGAAUGUCUACUGCAAUAAGAUAAUGAAGCCCAUUGACGGCUCCUGCUGCCAGCCUCAGCCUCCCCUCACUCUGAUACAGAAAUUAGCUUUCUGUUUCUUUACUUUGUCCAUUGUUGGAUAUUUUGUUAUCAGUUUAAUUCAUCGGAAUAAUUAUCGAAAGAACAAAUCAUGCACUGAUUUGGAAAUUGGAGAGGAGAAGAAACCUACCAGCAAUACUCCUAAUGUUUCUACUUUAGAGAUGCUGUUACACUGUUUCUGCAAACUUGGUCUAAUCAUGACCUAUUUUUAUCUAUGUGACAGAGCAAAUCUUUUCAUGAAGGAAAAUAAAUUUUAUACACACUCAUCUUUCUUCAUACCGAUCGUCUAUAUCUUGGUUUUGGGGGUAUUUUAUACCGAAAAUACAAAAGAGACUAAAGUGUUAAACAGAGAACAGACUGAUGAAUGGAAGGGCUGGAUGCAGCUUGUUAUUUUGAUUUAUCAUAUCUCUGGAGCAAGCACUUUUUUGCCUGUGUACAUGCACAUUCGAGUUCUGGUGGCUGCAUAUCUGUUCCAAACAGGUUAUGGGCACUUCUCAUAUUUUUGGAUAAAAGGGGACUUUGGUGUGUACAGAGUGUGUCAGGUAUUAUUUCGCCUCAAUUUCUUGGUCGUGGUUCUGUGCAUAGUGAUGGACCGACCGUACCAGUUCUACUACUUUGUGCCACUUGUUACUGUCUGGUUUAUGAUCAUUUAUGCCACCUUGGCUAUGUGGCCUCAGAUAGUCCAGAAGAAAGCAAAUGGGAACUGCUUAUGGCACUUCGGUUUACUGCUUAAACUGAUCUGCUUACUGGCCUGUAUAUAUUUUCUCUCAUAUUCUCAGGGUGCAUUUGAGAAGGUAUUUUCUUUUUGGCCACUGUCCAAGUGCUUUGAACUGAAUGGGAACGUCUAUGAAUGGUGGUUUAGGUGGAAGUUGGAUCGUUAUGUGGUUUUUCAUGGGAUGCUGUUCGCUUUUAUUUAUCUGGCAUUGCAGAAGCAUCAGAUGAUUUCAGAAGGGAAGGGAGAUCCACUUUUCUCCAGCAGAGUUUCAAAUGUUCUAUUAUUUAUUUCAAUUGUAUCCUUUUUGACCUAUUCCAUUUGGGCUAGUAGCUGUAAGAACAAAGCGGAGUGCAAUGAACUGCAUCCUUCUGUUUCAGUGGUGCAGAUUUUAGCUUUCAUCCUCAUCAGGAACAUUCCUGGUUAUGUCCGUUCCGUAUAUAGCUCUUUUUUUGCCUGGUUUGGUAAAAUUUCUCUAGAGCUUUUCAUUUGCCAAUACCACAUCUGGCUGGCAGCAGACACAAAGGGGAUCUUGGUGCUCAUUCCUGGCUACCCGAUGUUUAACGUUAUCGUCAGCACUUUUAUCUUUGUGUGUGUGGCACAUGAGAUUUCUCAGAUCACUAACGAUCUAGCACAGAUUGUGGUUCCUAAAGAUAACUCAACUCUGCUGAAAAGGUUACUGUGCAUAGCUGGGUUUUUUUCUGGACUUCUCUUCUUCUCAGCAAUGCAAGAGCAGUCAAGGCAUUAAUUUGAAAGAGUUCUUGGAAACUUUCUUCAGGUUUGCUUUGUGUCUGCCUGAAUAAAAAUUCUCAACUGGAGGUACAAGCAGACAUUUACAUGAGGUGAGUGGAAGAUGUAUAUAGUGGAAAUGUACAUAUUUCAUGUGAAAAUAACCUUCUCCAAGAAAGUGAGAAACAAGAAUGCACUGUACAGAAUUGCAUGUGAAAACAGGUCUUUUUCUACUGGAUAUAUGUUUCUGUUUACAUAUCUGUAUAAACGUGGCAAAACAAAGUGAAGUGAAAUGGAAUGGCAGCGUCAUGUGCGAAUCAUGGAAUGGUCUGUUCCUUGGGUCCUCCAGAUGGAGGGUGGAUGCUACUGCACAGCGCGCAGAGUAACGCACGCUGUAGUCAUUCUUAUCAAGGAAUGAGAGGAGAGCAGAUUUGCCCUCCUGUGUUAAUGGUCACCUUUAGCUGAUGUGAAACAUGAAGUUAUUUCUCUGGUAAAUCAGGGCAUUUUUCUAAACCAAGUGGUAAUUUGUUGUUCAGGUGAAAAUAGUAUCUGUCAUGUGAAACCCUUUAUACACAGAAAUAAAAAGCACCACUUCAGUGACUUAAGAUGAUAUGCAAGUUUACAAAACAUUUUGUGUGUUUUUAAGACAUUUCCAAGAAGUCUGGUGAAUUAUGAGGUGAAAUCUUGUUAAAUAUAUAGAAUUGGUUUUUUCUCCCCUAAAGCUGUUUGCCUUGUUGCAAGUUUUCCACUAAUUCAUGUAACUACAUGCAGUUCUUUCUGUUCAGUCCCCAUGUUGAAGCUGUUGGAAAGAUACUGAGCUGUUUCUUCAUUGUGUGCAUUAUUUCCAAUGUUUGGAAAGUUACCCUCCUUAAUGAGAACGUGAAUCACUGAAAGAUGUGGUAAAGGUCAACACUGGUGGACAGGAUGCAUUGAUUGCCAUCUGUGCCAGUAUUAGCAGUCAUGGAGAACUUUGAACUUGAGGGGAUGAUGUUUGUUUCGUUCUUCACAAGCUGAGUGUUGUAGAUAUAAUUUUAUUUAUCUGUUGUACAGAUUUGGUUAAAAGAUUUAUUUUUAAUGUUUGAAAUAAUGCACUUGUUUACUAUUACUGUACGUGGGAUAAAUAUAUUUUCUUUUCAUGUUACGUAAUAUGAAGUAAUUUAAACAUUAAAUAAAUGUGCUCUGGA